AUGGAAGGUGGAUGCGAUUCUUGUCGAAGGAGAAGGACGAAACCUUGGAUACAGUAUCGACCCGUGAAGAAGACUCGCUGCUUCGCUUGUGCGAAGACGACCCUUGCCCGAUUCGAGAGCCCCUCACCACCGCGAUUCGAUCAGAUUCGAAGCAAUGGGUCAAUGACUCGCUACCCCCAGCAGCAGCAGCAAGGCUACGGUCAGCCUCAACAGGGCUACUACCCCCCUCCCCCUCAGCAGGCGUACGGAGGCCAGCCCCAGCAGGGCUACUACCCCCAGCAGCCUCAGCCUCAGCCCGUCUACGUCCAGCAGCCCCAGAAGAAGGGCGGCGGAGGUGGUGCCGGUACCUGCUGCGCGUGCUGUGCCGGUAUGCUCGCCUGCUGCUGUCUCGAGGACCUGUGUCUCGGUCAGUUCGACCUCCCCAACAUGGACCCGGCCACUUUCUUGUCCCAGUACACCGACGUCGACUCUUCCAAUCCCGCUGCCAAGAUCAAGCUCGCACACGGUACCACCACCCUUGCGUUCCGCUUCAAAGGCGGCAUCAUUGUUUGCGUAGACUCAAGAGCCACAGCAGGCUCCUACAUCGCUUCGGGUACUGUCAAGAAGGUCAUCGAGAUCAACCCUUACCUCCUCGGCACCAUGGCCGGUGGCGCCGCAGACUGUCAGUAUUGGGAGACCUACCUGGGUAUUCAAUGUCGACUCCACGAACUUCGCAACAAGGAGCGCAUUUCGGUCGCCGCAGCCAGCAAGUACCUCAGCAACCUCGUCUACAGCUAUAAGGGCAUGGGUCUGUCCAUGGGAACCAUGAUCUGUGGCUGGGACAAGACCGGUCCUGCUCUCUUCUACGUCGACUCGGACGGCACUCGCCUCAAGGGUGAUGUCUUCAGUGUCGGUUCCGGUUCCACCUUCGCGUACGGUGUGCUCGACCAAGGGUACAACUGGGAUCUUUCCGACGAAGAGGCCCAGGAGCUUGGACGACGCUCCAUCUAUGCCGCCGCUCACAGAGAUGCGUAUUCGGGUAACUGCAUUACGACGGACCCGGCGACAAUGUUCCCGGAGCACCAGGCGGAGGCUACGGCUGGGAAGUGCGAACACAGGGUCUCUCAUCGAAACUCGAAGCACAGCCAGGACAGAGCGUCAGUGGUCAGGGUGGCCGCUUUGCAGACGAACAGCCGCUCGCUGCGCAGGUACGACCCGAGCAGGCAUAACCGUUCCCUGCUUCCUUCGACUCACAUCUUGUACACUAUUCACUCUGAAGUCAUUUGCAAUCGGCUCAACGGUCUGGGACUUGUGUUUGUGGCGGAGCGACAGAGGCGCAAGCAGGGGUUUGCGAAGUUCAGAGGUGCACGCAACAAUCAAGUGUAUAAGUUGAAGGCAAUCAUAGAAGACAAGCCUGGUGAAUUGCAUAGCUGCACAAAGAAUAGCGAACGCUACUCAUUCCAUUUGGAUGCUGUACGGCGACGAUUCCUCCGGCAACAACCUUCAAGAGCUUCAACGACGAGGCUGUCAUACCUCAAACGGUGCGUUUGCUGA